AGAAUAGUUUCAACAACUUUUUUCCCAGACAAAUACGCCUUUCAAAAUCUUUUUUCACUUGUGUAACUACAUGUAUCGUCAUCAAUAGGGCCAUUUAUACGAGAAAAAUAAGCCAAGGUUUACACAAGCCACAAACAAGCCGCGAUACCAUUUAUAUGAGUGGUUCCACGUCUUAUAAGCCAUGGCUUAUUUAAGCCAAGCUCAAAACCCUCGUCUUACACAAGCCAAGACUUAUGUUAUCCACAGCUUGUGUUGGACGUGAACUGGUCAAAAUGUAAUGAACCAUUUAUAUGGUAAGUUCGCCUCUUAUGUAAGCUGCGGCUUGUGUAAUCUACAGCUUAUUCUCCUUGUAUAAAUAGCCCUAUUGUGACACUGUUGUUGUUAUAGUUAUUGUUUGGUUGAAAUGGUGGUCAAUUCAACAACAACAACAACAGCAACACACACUUUUUUACCAAAAUAGAAAAACUCUUGGUUUAAAAAAAGAGAAUUGAAACAGAAAAUUCCGUUAAUUUACCCGGAAUAACUUAAUCCCUAAGAAAGUUGUACCUGGCAACAGCACCUUCCUUGACCACACUGUACUCCCUAUUCGUGAAAAACUUACCAUCUCAGUUUGUUCCAAAACGCCAGGCUUUUUAGUUAAAUUGCAGAAUAGAUAUUCAUAUUUUAAUGGAGCUAAACCUUUUCAAAUACCUCAAAUUCCUCCUGGGACGGACCAUUUUCGGAUAACAAUGCCCGCUUUUUGAGCUCUUGGACGGAUUCCGCAAGGAACAGUUCUUGUAGAAGUAAAAAGAUUCCAGGUGAUUCAGGUGACGUCUGAAGGAGGCAAAUAAGAGCGCCAUCCCAAGAGGCUCGACAUAGAUAAUGAGCGUAGAGCUUUUCUUUUUUUGUAAGUCCAGAAAAAGCUGUUCUACAAUCUAGAAGAUUUAUAUCAACCUCCCGAGAAAUAAUGUAUUGAGAAAAGUCUUUCUCUUUCAAGUCGGAAGCCAUGUUGAUUACCGAAAGGAGGCUGGCACGAGCUCAAGUUGCUCAGCGGAUUACUGUUUCAUAAUUUCAAGAUGGCGGACACUAACGAGCAACUUCGACAUCCUAAAGUUGUGUUUAUUUUGAGCGGAAAACGAAAAUCAGGGAAAGAUUAUGUCACAAGCAAACUUACAGAGGCCUUUGGCCAUGACUGCUGCGAAAUUAUCAGGCUUUCUGGACCUCUGAAACAUGAGUACGCGCGACAAAAUGGUCUUGAUUUUGACCGCCUGCUUGAUUCAACAAACUACAAGGAAUUUUAUCGUCAAGACAUGAUUCGCUGGGGAGAAGAAAAAAGAAACGCUGAUCCUUCGUAUUUUUGCAGAUUAGCUAUUAAGGUGACACUUUCUGGAGUCUCCAAAGAAAAUGACUCAUUACAAAAACCAGUAUGGAUCGUGUCUGACGCACGAAGAAAGUCAGAUGUUCAUUAUUUUAGGGAGACUUACGAUAAAGUUGUACACGUGCGGAUAACUGCUACUGAGGAAGUAAGGAGAUCACGAGGAUGGAUAUUCACAGCAGGUGUUGAUGAUGCUGAGUCUGAAUGUGGGCUUGAUGAUGAGGAAUUUGAUGUACUUAUUCAAAAUGAUGGUCACGAUCAUCACAAGCUUAACAGUCAUAUUAAUUCUUUACGAAAAUAUAUUUACUCGUCUAACUAGUCCUUAAAACGAGAGAAAACUUUCUUGAAAAUAGAGUUACAUUUUCUGGUAAAGGUGAAAUUUAUAAUUUGGAAGCAAAGCACAAAUGCACAUCUCUCAUCAUGUGUUGAGCUACAUCAAAGUGAAACUUUCAAGAUUCAAGUUAAAAAUUCCAAACUUACGCUAUCCGCAAUCUUUUUUUUUCCUUAGCUGGAUUGUCGAAAAGUGUUUCUACUGCCGUUUCUCAUACAAUUUUCUUUUUUGCUUUCAUUUUUUGUGCAACUGACUUAUAAAAAUUAGGGAAUCCUCUAAGCCAAGGUAGAAACUGGAGUCUAAACAGCUCCAUUUACUGGCUCUAAUGAGCUGUUUCUACUUUUUAAACUUUUUGCAAAAAUUAAUCAAAGAACUGAAGAGUACUCAUGCAUCUCUUCAGUACAACAUAAUCCAAAAACUUAAUACAGUGUUAAUGUUGUCGUUAAUUUGAUCUCAGUUAAAUUUUGAUUUUAACUAUGGACAUGCAUGGUUUGUUUUCUUCCGGUAAGUUAACUUUCGUUUUCAAUUCAGUCCUAGUCAAUAAUUAUUAUUGCCUAGGGAUAAACUGAAAAAAUGAAGCUAACUGAAAGAAAAACAAACCACAUAU